GAAGGAGCGGCUGCUCCGCCGCUGCUCCCCGCGGGCAGGUGCCCUUCGCUGCGGGCCCCACCUGAGCUGAGCCGCGCCGGCCGAGCCCGACCCGCGCCCGGCGCUGCGCCUCCGCCCCGGCCCGGCGGCUCCUCCUUCUCCGCCUGCCUUCCUUCCCUGCCUCCUUCCCUGCCUCCCCUCCCUGCCUCCUUGCCCGGCUCCCGCCGCCCCGGGCGGGGCGGUCCCGGCGGUGCCGCCCGCUCCUCCCUCGCACCCGCACGGAGCCCGGCGGGGCCGCGCCGAGCGCUGCCCCCGGACAUGAGGAUUGAGACCGGCGGCGAGCGCCCAACAGGAGCAGCGGCCGGUCCCGUGGGCCGCGGGGCUCCUCGGGGCCGGCGGGGCUGAGACACGCCGUGAGAUACGUGGACAUACCUAACUCCACCUUCCUCCCCCACUCCAGGUUUCUGUACCUGGGAAAGCUGAAGCGGUUCCUCUCAAACCAAACAGUACAGAACUCACAGGUUGCCAUGUUUAUGUUGCUUGUGUUUGGAUUGCUACUGCAAGAAAUCCUGGCUAAUUCCCAAGCUGGAAAUCCUACUGAAUCCCCAAACAUUCAGGAAGAGCCAUUCUACAACUACAAAGCCAUCAACUUGCCAGAUGAGCACAUCCCCUACUUUCUGCACAAUAACCAGCAUGUUGCUGACAUCUGUAAGCAGGAUCCUCUUUGCCCAUAUAAAAAACACUUGAAGAAACUAAAAUCCUGCUGGGGUUAUGAGAAAUCUUGCAGAUCAGAGAACAGGUUCAGUUACCCAGUGUGUGAUUAUGUUGAAACUGGGUGGGCAAGUGACAUUGAGACAGCCCAGCAGAUAUUCUGGAAACAAGCAGACUUUGGGUAUGUUCAAGAGAGGCUCAGUGAAGUGAAAACCCAUUGCAAGCCUGCAGCAAGAGGGGAUUCAUCUCUGACCUGCUCCCAGUACCUUCAGCAUUGCAGAGCAACAAACCUGUACAUCGAUUUACGAGCUGUGAAGAGAAACCACGACAGAUUCAAAGAAGACUUUUUCCAGAAGGGAGAAAUUGGUGGUCACUGUACCCUUGAUGUUCAAGCAUUUCUGGCUGAAGGUCAACGCAAGAGCCCUCUGCAGUCUUGGUUUGCAGAACUCCAGACAUUCACUGCAUUAGACUUCAGGCCUCUAGAAGAUGGGAAGUGUGACAUUGUUAUUGAAAAGCCAACAUACUUCAUGAAAUUAGAUGCAGGUGUUAAUAUGUACCAUCACUUCUGUGAUUUUGUCAAUCUUUACAUUACCCAGCAUAUCAAUAAUUCCUUCAGUACUGAUGUCAACAUAGUCAUGUGGGACACUAGUUCAUAUGGCUACGGUGACCUGUUCAGUGAGACAUGGAAGGCGUUUACUGACUAUGAAAUAAUUCACUUGAAAACUUUUGACUCUAAAAGGGUGUGCUUUAAGGAAGCCGUGUUCUCUCUGCUGCCUCGGAUGCGCUAUGGAUUGUUCUAUAACACCCCUCUGAUCUCUGGCUGUCACGGCACGGGGCUGUUCAGAGCCUUUUCUCAGCAUGUGCUACACAGAUUAAAUAUCACCCAGGAAGGACCCAAGGAUGGGAAAAUUCGAGUCACCAUCCUCGCCCGCAGCACAGAUUACCGGAAAAUAUUAAACCAGAAUGAGCUUGUGAAUGCUUUGAAAACAGUGUCAACGCUGGAGGUCAAGGUGGUGGACUACAAGUACAAGGAGCUUGAAUUUUCGGAGCAAUUGAGAAUUACCCACAACUCUGAUAUUUUCAUUGGGAUACAUGGAGCUGGCCUGACCCACCUGCUCUUUCUGCCAGACUGGGCUGUUGUCUUUGAGCUAUACAAUUGUGAAGAUGAACGUUGUUACCUGGAUUUGGCAAGGCUGAGGGGCAUUCAUUACAUCACCUGGAGGAAAAGGAAUAAAGUAUUCCCUCAGGAUCAGGGACACCACCCAACACUGGGAGAACAUCCAAAAUUUACAAACUACUCCUUUGAUGUGGAAGAAUUUAUGUAUUUGGUGCUUCUGGCUGCAAAUCAUGUUUCACAGCAUUCAAAGUGGCCAUUUAGGGUAAAACAUGAUGAAUUCUAAAUUAGACUUCUGUUUGAAAUAUUGUUUUUAAUUAAUCACAGAAUGGCCUGGGUUGGAAGGGAUUUUAAAGCCCAUCUCAUUCCAUCCCCUGCCAUGGGCAGGGACACCUUCCACUGUCCCAGGCUGCUCCAAGCCCCAUCCAGCCUGACCUUGGGCACUGCCAGGGAUCCAGGGGCAGCCACAGCUUCUCUGGGCACCUGUGCCAGGGUCUCACCACCCUCACAGCAAAGGAUUUAUCCCUUGUAUCCAAUCUAAACCCACUCCCUGUCAGUUUGAAGCCAUUUCCCCCUGUCCUGUCUCUACAUGCCCAUAAAAAAAAAUAAAUUUCCCCGUGUGAGGGAAAGAACCCAUUGUUCAUUGUCAGACAACUUCUUAGCAUCAUACCUCUACUUUAUAAUUCCUUUCUAAUCUGGGAGGUUUUGAUAUGUAAAAGCUAUUUUUCAGACUAUUUCUGGUUUUUGCACUGUAUUUCUACAUUCCAGAUUCUGAAAUGCUCUUUAUACCAAGAUAUGUCCACCCAUUUCAUGUAAGGUUUUCUGGGGUAGGUCCAGGGUCAGCAGACACUGCAAGCUUCUGCUUUAAAUUUAGGAACAUUUUCACAGUAGAGAGCACAGUCUUAUGAUUUUGCAUUUAAAUAUAAACUUUGACUCUUGUCCCUGUAGUUAUAAAUGCUUCAAUGCAAGACGUCUGCACAGUAGGCUCAGUCAGUUCUCUGUCUCAGAGCAGGUAAAUAUUUUCCUAAGUGAGUACUUAAAAGUUCAGGUGAUCUGGGUAUUUCCUACUUUUUCACAAAAACCAGCACUCUGCACUGGAAAACUUGAGCAAAUUGGAAUAAAACUUGAUUUUUUUGAGGAUUCUAAAGGGAAUGGCCUUCUAGUUUUUUUAACAACAAAUGAUAAAAUGUGUAGAGUGUCUUUCAGCUGCAGCUGAAAGGAGAGGAACUGAUGAGGAACCUUGUUCUUGGAGUCACUAAAAGCCUAAUUUUUAAUAUUCUUGUUUCCUCAAAAUGUUGAAGAGUUAAUCCAGAAAACUUUUUAAAUGAAAUCUUUCCAAAGCCAGUAGCACAGUUCACUGUUUUCAGUGAAGGGAAUAUUAAACCAAAGCUGAGUUCUUUUUGAGAUUCCCCCUGGAGCUGAGAUGUUCUAGAGGGGAAAAUAGCAGUUCUUUUGUCUUAAGUGGGGCCAGAAGGAUGUCUAGAAGAAUUGAGUUCAGUGAGAUAAAACCCUAGAGUUCUGUGUUAAACUGUGGAUUUCUGGGGAAUGUAUCCCCAUGCUGGACUUGCAGUUCAUUCACACAUUUCAGGUGGCUCGGGCAGGCACACAUUUGUAUGGAAAAGCAGGAGAGUUCUGGUAAAUACAAACAUUUCAGUGCUCUAAUGGUAGAUGGUAUUGACUUCCCUUCCCCAGCAAUUUCACAGAGUGUGGGUGCAUUUACUGCCCUGUCUGUGCUGCUAGGGAUGAGUUACUGUAAGCACAAUUUUCACAUGGAUCUCUCAGACCUGAAUCGGUGCAUGGGGAAGCUGGGUAGAGCUGAGACCUUCAUGUAUUUUGUGUAUGUGGUGCAAUUCUUCCUGGAGAGUGUUGUUUUACUGAGGGGAAAAAACUGUUUCACUUUAAAGGACCAUAGAAGCAAAAUUGCACUUCUUAAUAUGAGGUGGGGGGAAAAAAUCCCUUGAGCAAUACCAUCUCCUGUAUUUGUAUGUGUCUGUUGGGGUUUUUACCUUGUGGGAUUUGUGUAAAACUUAAGCCAGUAAAAUGUCUGUGUUUGAAUGAAACCAAGUCAAAGGAAAGAUGACAUUUAAUUAUGAACUGUGCAUAUAAUUUUUUUAAUAAAAAGCUUUUUAAAUUUAAAAAAAAAGUGUAAAAUUUCUGGUAGUUUGCCAGGUUUUAGAGGCAAAUGUUUUAAAUACUAUUAAUUGUAUGGAGCCACAUGUCUCUGCUUUCUCCUGCCAUGACAAGCUGAUGUUCUGGGGUCCAAAGUGACAUUCAGGUUUAUUUACUUAAGAAUCAUUGAGAGGUGAUGGUGCCAUCCUGCACUGCUGGCUUUAGUGCUGGGCAUUUGAAGCUUGGUUUGUGAAAAUCUUUGUAUAUAUUUAACUUCCUGUGGUGCAGGUGAUGCUGCUGAAGGCAGUGGGUGAGUGCUGGAGUCUGCACAGGAGCAGCUAAUGAGGAGCUGCUCUUUCAAGUCAUCACUAAAACAAAUGGUUGAACAUAUGUGUGGAGGAGAGGCUGCAGGGACUUCAUCCAAGGGCAAAAUAUCCUGCCAGCAUUCACCAGUUUCAGCAAAUUUGAGUGCAGGGUCAACAGUUGAUGGCCAACAUGUUAUUCAGCCUUUAUGGUUUAAUAUUGCCAGGAUGAAAAGACUGUUUGUGUUGAUUAACUUUUCAAAUAGCACAAAAUUUUCUUGGCAGCAGAAGGAGGGUUGGUUGGAUUUUUGGGUUUUGCCAAUAAAUCCUGAGGGAGCUUGGACAACAGCAGAAAUCUGGAUUGUGGCUUGAAGAGCAUCUGGACCAUCUUGGGUCUGUCUGGAAGUUGGAAUUUGAGGGAAUCCAUGAGCCUUCAGGUAGGAUAUAGCUCUGGGUUAAGUUUUCCUAACAGACCAUGGGACUCUUGUUCCUUGCUACUUCUGAUUUUUUUUUUUAAUUUUUUUUUUUGGUCUCUCCAGUUUACCUAAGUUUAGAGUCUAAGGGGCAGCUUGGCAUCAGUGUGAUGAAUUCAGUUUUGGGACUUUGUGUAAUGUUGCAAGUCCUGGAUGCUUUUGGGAUUGCCUGUGUUUCCUGUACAAUGUAAACCAAGAGCUGGAUUUGGAAUAAAAGAUAAUUUAUGGAUGCAUGUAGUUUCUUUCCUUUUUACUUUAGAAUUUGUCAGAUGUAAUUUCAGUUUCUUUCUUUGGAGAGUUCUGUGGAAGUUCACCAGUGGGUAAGUGUGAGAAAUGGCUUGUG